AUGAGCGUCACUAUUGACGCGCUCUACGUCUUUGAUGAUCACAACAACUGCGUCCUCGAACACGUCUAUGGAGGUCGUCCACCAUCCGCACAGGCCCUCAUCGCCGGUUUGACUGCGAGAACUGGACCUCGACCAUCAGUCCUUCAACUCUCCGACUUUGCCCCGCCAACCACAGCAUACUCGAUAUCUCCUUCUACCUUUCAGCUGAUUGCAGUAUCUGGCAAAGAUGCACAGUCGUUGGCCAUCCUUGAUUUCCUUCAACGGGUCCUCGAUGUCUUCGAGGACUUUCUCGGGAGCCCCCUCCUGACCACGAAGAUCGAAGACAACUAUGAGAUUGUCGCCCAGUUAUUGAGUGAGAUGUGUGAUGGAGGCAUAAUAUGUAACACCGAACCCAAUGCGCUGAGAGAGUCGGUAGAAGUGUCUUCAGUGCUGGGAAAGUUGUUCACACAUGUGGGACUGCCUGGGGCUUCGCCUGCCCUUGGACCGUCGAGCAGCUUCUCCUCAAGCCUACGUAGGACGGCUUCGCCUCCUGUAGGACCGGCAAUUCCGUGGCGCAAGUCAAAUGUCAGACACACCUCUAAUGAGCUCUAUGUCGAUAUCAUUGAGAGCUUGUCAGUCAUAUUUGCCCCUUCGGGUCGCCCCAUAUCAGCGCGCUCACAUGGGUCGAUCGCCUUCACUGCCAAAAUAUCCGGGGUACCCGAUUUGCUUUUGGUAUUAACCGCCCCUGGAGGCACCAGCAGUGCCAAAACCGCGGGAAUUGUGCGUACUAUGCAACUACCAGUUUUCCACCCCUGUGUCCGCUUAGCGAGAUGGAAAGAACACCCCGGAGAGUUGUCGUUUGUCCCACCAGACGGUCGUUUCAUGCUUGCAGGUUAUGAGACAGACCUGAUGCCGUCCUCCCUCGACAGCGACCAACCUCCUAGCAAAAGUGACAAGUUGUUCCUACCGGCCACUGUAGAUCUGCGAGGCGGACUUGGUGGUUCCGGGUCCGACUUUGAGGCCAAACUGACCCUAACUAACAACUUCCCCGGGGUUGCUUCAACGACCAAACCGAGCGCCUCCCGGACAAGCUCAGGCCCGAUAUCUUCUCUAUCGUUUGGCGGAUCUAGUGUUGGCAGCUCUAGUGCCCCUACCCUGGAAGCGGUGAUGGUCACAAUACCAUUUCCAUCAGAUGUGCGAAGUGUCACUGAACUGAAGGCUUCAAGAGGCGAGGCUACGUUUAAUGCGUUCGACAAGGUGGUCGAAUGGAAAGUUCCUACGAAAGAUGGAGCAUCGAUCAACGGAACGGCGACAUUGACGGGCACAGUUGCAGGAGCUUUCAACGCGCAAAAUGACCUAGACGAAGAGGCACAAGCCGCCGAAAUCGGGAAACAGAACACUAUGGCAGGAUACUACCACGAAGAUGUGGUUACCAAUCAUAGCUCGACACCUGACCCAUCAGGCAACGGCAAAUCCAAGAGGACACAAGCAACUAAAGCACUAAUGCCACGUUCAAUCUCGGUCUCGUUCAGCGUUAAAGGAUGGUUACCGAGUGGGAUCAAAGUCGACAGCUUGGUGGUCGAUGUGAAGAAAUCCAAGGGACUGGGUGACGGCGUUCGACCUUACAAAGGCGUCAAGUACCUUACAGUCAGUAGGCAGGGAGUCGAGAGGAGAGUGGAAUGA